AUGAAUCCUUCCAUCUUCAAGCUCCUCGAAGAAGACGAGGAUGAAUCUAUGCAUUCGAGUGAUGACGUCGACGCGUUCCAGGUCUCUCUGAGUCGAGAAAUCGAAGCAUUAUCUGAGACAGCACAAUGCUACUUCAUAUCCUCUGUUGUUUGUCUUGGACUGAUGUUCGCCUUCUGUUUACUUGGGGUGUUGAUUUACUGUAAUUAUAACAAACAUUCUUUUGUUUCUGAAGGAGAAGGCAGUUCUUCGAGUCAGCAGUUUGCAACACAGAAUAAUGGUAUUGGAGAUGUUAAUACCAACCUCCAUAACCUUGAAAGAACUCAGAUGAAAGAGAAACAAGAGUCUGUGUUAGGCAAUCAAAACCAGGAGUUAAAGCUAGAAAAUGAAUCUCAUCCACAGCACAACCCGCCUCAGGAGCAUCGUCAACAAGAUCAACUCUGGGAGAAUCCUUCCCAUGUUCCCCAAGCAAGAAACUUGCAGUCUAGAAACAACCCUAUUAGUGAUGAACCAGAGAGACCGCAACUUCAAUAUCUGAAACUGCAGAAGACGAGUGGCCAACGGGACCAUCGGGUGAAUCUUGGUCCUACGGAAGUACAAGUUUGUGAGUUUCUUCGUAUCUUGAUGCCCCAAGUUAACGAAGAUAGAAAGAAGCGGCUUAUGUCGCUGUUUUAUCAAUUCAAG